CUUUUACUAGUUAGAUUCUUGAAUCCACGACGCUCGAGCAGCAGGCAGCAUCUAGAAGCCAAAACAUUGCGGCCUCCAACGUCCCCCGCCAAAAAAAAAAUGGAAACGCGUGGGGAGGAAACCCUAUAAAAUGAGCGCGCGACAUGGAGAUCCUUUUGGCGUGGGCUUCCGGUGGUUUGGGUGGGGAAAAUCGACUUUUCAAUGGGUGGCUUUCUCAGUCGAUCGGUGGAGCUCGUGAAUGCGACGAGUCCGGGUGUGGUUCUUGAGAUAACGGAGGUGGAGGGCGAUGAAAGGCGGGGCAGGCUGAUUGAUAGGCUCGGACCUGGGGAGAGCAGAGAGAUCAAGGGCAGCAAGUUCAUAAACCGAAGCUUAAGUUCUCGUAUUCAUCGGAGCAUUCAUGUCACCGCCGUGCUUUCCGGCGGUGAAACGGCGAGAAUGAUCUUUCGGGCUAACUAUUUUGCUGAGAACGGGAAGGUGAUAUUCCGGCUAGUGGGCGAGGAACUGAGGGAUGACCCAGUAGUGAUCCCCAAUCUCCGUCGCUUGAGGUUCUUCUUCUGUGUUGGAGGAAGUUAAGCAACAUUUGUGUAUCGGAGUUGUUAAAUUCGUUGUGCUUGAGUCAAGCCAGUGUCAAAACUCAGGAAUAUGACUCAAUGUCAAAACUCAGGAAUACCAGCUUAAUCUUGAGUUGUAAUUUGUAAAGAAACCUGUAUUGUUUGAAGGAAUCUGUAUUCUAAGACUUAAUUGCAUGGUGAAAACAAUGCCGUCUUGUAAAAUUCAGUGUUUUAAUAAUGUGCAGUUACAAAACGAUUUUAGCUCUUA